UUUCACAUUUUCUCCAUCACCAAUUGUGCAUAGUUAAGAUAGAUUUAUUUUGGAUGUAAGAUCACGAAAAUAAAAGAAAAGAAAAAGUAUUUUAAAAGUAGAACUUUUCAACAAUCCAAGCAGUGAAAUUUGAUCCAAAAUCCGCAAAGUUUUUUCCAUUUCUUGUGUAUUAUGUGGUGAAGAAUAGAAUAGUGAGUGAGUGAGGGAUACAACGAGAGACACACACAAUGAUGGACAUCAACAAAAGAAUGCAGGGACUGGACGAGUCAAGUGUAAGACAAACAUCGGAAAUGUCGAAUUUUCCGGAAUCACAAUUUUCCGACACGUCCAGCAACGUUCAACAAUCAACUGCCAGCAACAAUAACAACAGCCCCUGCGAGGAAGAAUCUACUGUAAACUUUCCAAAAACAGAAAACAGCCCCAUGGUGCCAGCGUCUGAUGGAGAUAUAGAUAAUAUAGGUAACUCCAAUGGUUCUGGCCACAACAUCACAUCGCCAAAUUCCAAAAACACGAAUAAAACUAAUCCCAAUGCCACGCUGACCAAGUCGGGUAGCGACGAGAAGGAAAUCAAGGAGGAAACCACAUUGUCGCCACCGCACACUUCUCCACUUGCUAAAAACGAUGACAACGACGAGAGUCAAGAACGUGCGAAAAGUGCUGGAGCAGCAAUGACUGGAAGCGUAAAUCCCAAUGUAGAGGGAGUCAGCACAAAUGUGAGCCCCAAAUCCAACCCGGACAUGUUUAAUAACUCCACAAAUAUGCAGAAUUUACCCAGAGGUUUGAAUCCUUAUAACAAUGGAAACAACAAGUUUAAUUAUCCAAACCAAGUUGUUGGCAUAGGAGGAGUGGGAGUAGGAGGAGGAGGCGGAGGCGGCGGCGAAAAUCAAGGACCAAUGAAUCCUGCAAGCAAUGGAGGAAUCGGAGGAGGCAGUGGCGAUUACCUGCAACAACACAAUCACGUGUUUGUAUUUUCCACGCAACUUGCAAAUAAAGGUGCCGAGGCAGUUGUCGGCGGACAAUUUCCCACAAUUAUAGCCUACCAUUGUAUGCAGCCAUCGACGAAGUUAUUUCUGGAAGACUUUUUAAAAAAUCCAGCCAAAGCUUCAAAAAUGCAAAAACAGAAUCCACCAAACCUAAUGAAUCUCAUGCAAUCGGAAAUGAUGGGAAACCGACCAGGCGCCCAACCCUUUUGGUUAAAUGAUGGCGGUAACAAUGUUGGCAAGAUGCCACAUAGGCCCCGUUCCCUGCGCAAUGCCGGUGUCGUUAACAAAAAUAGCCCUAGUUGGGAACAGGCCGCUAAUUUGGAUAGUAAAAUCGGACCACCAUCGAAUCCUUUGGAUGUAUUGGCCAAUACUGAAGGCUUUGAUAGUGCCCAAAUGUGCGGUGGAGGUAUUAAGGACGUCGAUAAAUCCAAUAUACCUUCACUGCAGGGUGUGAAGGUUCCAGAUGAGAACCUAACACCACAGCAGCGGCAGCACCGUGAGGAACAGCUGGCAAAGAUAAAGAAAAUCAAUGAGUUUUUAUUUCCCGAAAGUGAUGGCAAUGAUUUCCAACCACCAAACAUGAUGAAUAGCAGUGGCGGUGCCGGGGUAGGGGUACCUUCGGACGGAGCGUCUUGUACAAAUAAUGCAACUAAUCCAAUAGACAGCAUGAACAAUGCUUUAAAUACAGGAAAAAUUGCCCCGGCGGUAUCCGGCACAAACAUAGGUGACGAUGUGCCACCAACUGGAGCUACCGGCGGAGAUUCUAUGCCCUUGGGACCAGGGCAAAACUCAAAACAAGGAUGUACUUCAAAAAUAAAUGCAAAUUUAAAUUCAUUGAAACCCAACCCCAGUGCUCCUGAUUCGAAUCCAGACAUGAACCCUUCCUUCAACAUGAACAGCUGUCCGUCGCUAGAAGGCGAUGCUGGGGGUCACAGUGGUGUCCCACCAGGGAUGAACAUGCCCAAUGAGGAGUGGUCAAAGUUUCAGAACAAUAUUUUCCCCGACGGCUUCAAAUUCAGAGAAAACUCCAAUCCCAUGAACAAUCCCAGUGGUUUGCCCGGCAAUCAAUUACCCAACCAAACUCCGUCAUUGCCCCGUCCGCUGUCUACAGGUGUUGGAGGAUACGGUAUGCAAUCCCGCCCCAAUGCCGGUCCCAGUCCUACAAACCGCAACAACAACGGGCCUCCGCCGCCAUACCAUCAAACACAGCGCUCAGCAUCAGUGCCAAUAUCGACACAGUCUCCUACACAGCCCAACAUCAACAACGCCACUGCAGAUAUAGGCUUGACAUCACCUCAUGGAGGACGUGUUCCCUUUGGAAUGUCUUCAACGCCGCCACACAUGGACUCGUCUAACACUUCCACUAGCGUAACUAAUCCAUCACAUUCAUCAGCUACAUCCUUUCCCGGCCUUAACAGCGGCAAUGUCAAGAAUAUCUAUUCAUCCAAUAUGAAUUCAUCACAGAACUUCGGCGGGCCACAAAAUCCUGCAGGCCUCAAUAAUAUGUCAAACUCCCCCGGUUCCCUGUCACUGCCCCAUUUAUCCCACGCAGAAAUGGAUCCCAUGAAUGCUGGCAACAAACUGAAACGAGGAAGUCCUCAGAAAAGCAAGAGCCCCCUCAUCAAUGAUAUGCAAGGCAACAUUGGCAUGGAUUCCAAAUAUGGAAACUUCGGGCUCAAUUAUAACAUGUGUGGAGGAGGCCCCGGGGGCAAUAUGCCGCACGUUGGUCCCCAGAACAUGCGUCAGAACAUGGGACAGAUGCCACCACAGUUUUGUCGUCGCAUCGACAAUAUACCACUUAAUCCGAACUGCAAUCGGUUGAACCAGAAUAAGCCGGUGGGUAAUUUUGAUCCCAUUGCGUCAUUAGCUCAGAUGUCACAGCAGUUGACAGGCAGUGCCAUGGGAUUGGGCUCGCUAGGUGGUGGCGGUGGCGGUGGCGGCGGAGGAGGCGGCAACAGUUCUUCGACUGGUCUUAUGGAUGUCAACAGCGGAGAUAUGAUGGGAGGACCCCCUGGUCGCAGUGACCAUCCCUUGGACCACUGCAACCAAAUGCCUAACAACAACAUGGGAAUGCCAGGAAUGGGCGGAGGUGGUCCUGGACGUCCUGGUCCCUAUGGGUCCGACCCAAUGAACAGCAUGGAUGCAAUGGAUCAGCGCAUGUUAAAUGGGAAAAUGUGUCUGCCGGGGCACUUUAAUCACAAUCCCCUGACCGGUGUUGGGUUGAGAGACUCCAACAUGGGUGGCAACGAUAUGAUGUCUGCAAAUCGCGCCAUGAAUCGUCGAAUGCCAAAUAAUUUCGAUAACUUUAACAUGUCGUCGAACGUGCAUGUCCGUGCAAGCGCUCCCAAUACCAUCCAGUAUAUGCCUGCCAGAUCUCAAAAUAUGAACAAUAUGCGAAUGCCACCCAGCAUGGAGUUCUUUCAACGUUAUGGUAAUCCUCACGGCAACCAGAUGGGUGGUGGUGUGGGCAAUGCACCCGGUGGAAUGCCCAACAACGAUAUGCAGAAUCCCAAUAUGAUGAAUUUAUUUGGAAAUUGUGGUCAGAUGCCACCUAAUGGACGGGGAGGUGGUCCCGGUAUGGGUGGACCCGGGCCAGUUGGUUUUGAGCCGAAUGAUCUGGGAGUUGAAGGCAAUCUAAUGCACAACGAUGCACCCUACAUGAAUGUACCAUGAAUCUCGACGAGUACAUCAUGCCCCAUCGUCAUCGUCAUCAUCGUGGUCGUCGUCGUCGCCAACGUCAUCAACAUCAAAUUUGUGUCCCUGUUUUUGUGUCGUUCCAUGUACUCAUUCAGUACAAUACGAAAUUCUGUAGCAAAAUUGAUGUAGUGCCAUUCUAAGCGCCACCCUCUUGUCUUUAACACGUUACGCUCGUUUGUGCUCCUAAUCAUCGAUGAGUAAAUGAAAUUUGUUCGUGUAUAUUAUUACAAAAAAGAAAAACAAAAAAGAAAAAAAAGAAGGAAAAUAUGAAAAAAAUAGACAUAAUUAGUUUAAGAAAUCUGAUUUUCUUUAAUACAUGUUGAAAAUACAUACAAAUACCGUUGGGCUAAUCCAAACCGAAUUUCGUUUUGUAAAUUGUGGACGGACACAGCACAGCAUACGCUAGCCAUGGCUGGUGAAAAUGUUCUUGUUUUCGUACCUUCUGAAAUGCUGUAUAAGAAAAUUGAUCGGAAACAUUGAAUUGUGAGCGUAGCUCAGAUCAAAUUGUUUCUAAAAAAAUGAUAUAAGAAAUACUCUUCUCCGUUUUUUUUUUCCGAAACCCAGCAGACAAACCAUAUAUUCAAUGGUGCAAGCUUAUUCUUUUUUUUUCUUCAGACUCUUUUGGCUUGCACAUGAUCGUAACAAAAGCAAAAAGAAUAACUAAAUAUUUGUAUUAUUUUCCCAAUACAAUUUGUAUCUUAAUUUUAGUUUAUUCCUAUAGUAAGGUAUUAUUUAAUGGUAUUUGAUUCGAAGCAUAAUUUUAAAACCGGUCAUUUUUUUUGGCGGUAUGAAGCAGCAGCUGGAGAUUUUUAAUUUUUUUUUCUAUUAUUAUAAUUAUUAGUACUAUAGACAACACAUCUGAUUUCCGCUUUUAAUUUAAUUGUAAAUUGUAUUGUUGUAUGCAUGUAGUUUACAAAUUACCAUCUAUCCCCCCCUCCUCCCCCUUUAUGUAUAUAUUAAUAUUAUACCUAUCUAUAAGCAAUAUUGUAUAUUGUAAUAUUCACAAAGAUUUGUUCUUUCUUUUAAUUUCUCUUAGUUUCUUGUUUAACUUUAAUCUACCUUUUUAAGUGUAUGACCUAAUUAUGACCCACUUUGGAAAUGCAUUAGCCAGUAAGAUAUUUCACUUUGCAUCACUAAUAAAGGAUUGGUAAUGAAAUAAA